AUGUCCGUGAAUGAAUGGGUAUCACUCUCCGAUCCCCUCGGGCGGGCCAUAUCUUGGCAGAUUAUACCACUCAUAAAGUCCCUGGAGAGCACGCAUUGCCAAUCCCUGUCCUUGGAGGAGCGGCAGUGCUGGAUACCGGAGCAAACGCUGUAUGCAUCCGCGCCCAAACUAGAGGCGGCCAUUAAAGCUUUACGACCGCUGACUACCCUCACGUCGCUCACCCUGUCCAUCCCCCUGCUCUUCGCCCGAGACUUCCGGAGCUGGACGGUCCAGACAAUGAACUUGAGUCCCCUCCAGUACCUCCGCAUUGAAGAUUGGACCACGGAAGCGGGGAGCUGGGGAGUCGUCUUCGAAUUCCUGCGCCUCAAGCAUCUGCAGAAGCUGGAGCUGUCGGUCUGCAACCUCCCAGCUCCGAGCCAAAACCAGCUUUUGCCAUACUAG